AGAAAUUUGGAAAAGUCAGUUUAAGUGCUUGGUAAUUCUAGUGUUAAUAACCAGUGGCGUAUUGUAAUUUAUUAAUUCCUUAUACUAGCUGCAAUACGUAUAAUCAUAACAUAUAAUACAAUAAUAUGUAAUGUACAAAUCAAGUAGUGCCAGGCGUCGGGUGACUAUAAUCACCGCCAACAGCGAGAAAGCUAAAAUGGCAAGACUCGGCGUGAACGUGUCCAACGAUGUUCCCGCAAAAAUUGUUAAAUCAUCCAAAACGACUCGUGCCAUUUACACGAACCCAAUGGAAACUCGGUUUCUUCCGUUUCGUGGUGUGUUGCCAUAUUUUCUUAGCGCGCGUUCCCGUUCGCCGCCGUGCCACUUUCGCAAGUAGCCCAACAUUUGUCAAUUCCCCGGGAAGCCGCGUCGGUGAUCGGGUUGUUCGCGCGCCCGUCAUCUGCAAAUGCGAGCCAGCGAAGAGGAUCGAAGGAACGUCACCUUCGAUGUUGCAAAAAUGUUAUAUAACACGAGAUUCAAACGAUAAAUCAAACGGAGGAAAGGCAUCGCGAUUGGGAGCACCGGGAGCAUCGAGGACUGACCCCGGCAGAAUUUCAGGGAGCAAUUUCCACGAGUUAUCGCGGUGUGUGAUGCAAUCUUUCAACGCUACGGGGAAGAGGACGCGAGAAGUAUCCUUCGUUCACGACUGUCUUCGUUCGUACGAGCUGGUGACCAACCCCAGUAUUCGAACGCUUUGCGAUGCCUCACUGCACAAGCAAUUUCGUAUGGUACUUGGGGAAGUUCUUCACGGGUUUCACGGGCAUGCUAUUUUUCUACAUGGUGUUCUUGAAGGAGGAAGAGUACAGUUGCCUGUGCAGAGCGAGAAUGAGGGACUUCAUUCGUUCCAGAGGGGAGAAGCGACCAGGCAGAUGCGAAUGUGAGGCAGGAAGGGAGGCCAAGGUUUAUACUUGUGGCUGCAAGAAACCUACGGACAUGGUACGCUGGGAUCAAGGAAUGGUUUCGCGAGAACGACCCAGCGAUCUCGGAGAAUGCACCUGCGCUAGGGAAAGGUCCUCUUAACAAUGACAAUGGUAAUUUCAACUUCUCCAGCGAAUUGCUAUAUAUCGAACGUAAAUCGUGCGUGUCAUAUAACGCUGCUUAAUCGAAAGAGCAAGUUUACAGAAUCGAUGACUAACAUAAGAAGAAAGCGAUUAUGCCAACGUUGUCUUUUCCGCCAUUGUAGUGGGAUCGUUUGCGCCAAGAAGCUGCUGAAGAGAAGAAAGAAGUAUUCUUUUGUCCGCACGCGUGUUUCCCAGGAUAAUGUGAAUAACUUCUGGAAAUUUUGCAUUGGGAAUGAAAACGACGAAAUGCAGAAUCGUGCAAAUAAUAUUGACAAAGCGAAAUGUCAUACAGACGUUACAAAUGUGGAGAUUGAAGAUACAAAAAUCAGAGACUCGCAUAAAGACAAUAUUCAAAAUGGUUGUCACUGUAAUAGAUUAAGUAAAAAUGUUAGAUCCGUUGAAACGGAAACAGAUAUUCUGCAAGAAACCGCCAAAUGUACGGAUGACGUGGCUUCAAAAUCAUGUACAGACGAAGCAGAUAAAAAACAGAACACGUCAAUCGAUUGCUCGUACGAUUUUGUCAAUGCCAAUGUGACUGAGAUGUCUUCCAAAGAUAUUGAAGCUUCCUGUAAGGAACAGAAAUAUUCUGAUAAUGAGACAGAGCAAGUCUGUACCGGUGAAAUUUCAAACUUACAAAUGAAGAACAACAUUUUUGAAGACAACACGAAAUCCGAACCAACUGUAUCUAACGAGGAAUUGGUUGAAAACGUCGACUCAAACAAAUACAAUUACUCUACAAAGACAAGCAGGAAAGAAUCGCAAAGCGAAACUAGUUUCACCGAAACAAUUAUAACAGAUACCUGCAUGGAUUCGAUUCUGUAUCUGGAAUUGAGAAGGAAACGUGCUCCUAAAAUUUCAAAGAAGUCUUCGAAGAACCGCUUAAAAUUUAGCAAAAGCGCCGAGUCAAAAUUGAACCUCAAAUCGACUAACAUUAAGUCAUUACAAGAAUCUAACACUGAAAACAUUCCAGAAGAAGAAAAGGAUAAAUACAGCUUAAAACAAUUCACGAUGAAACAACCUGCGGCUCCGAUAAACCAAAAAAAGCAAUCCGAUUGCCUCUCCAGAAAUUGUCCUUGUGACUCAAAAAGACGCAGUCGUUCGCUGUGGAGCAAUUCUAAAAGAGAAUCUUCAAUGAAGUUCAACCACGGAACCCCGCAGCAACAAUGUCAAAUCCCCCAUGAAAGUUCGCAACCGCAAAAGAGCAAUUUUCUAUGUGACAACGCAAAGUUGAAAAAGAUUGUCGAUUCCAUGUUCAAUCAGAAACUCACCGCAGUUGAUGAAAAGCAUUUUAUAAGAUGUGAGACGUCACUUCUGCAGGAUAAGAAGAAGCCGUCCGCUAACAUAGUCAGAGAUAAAUUUGUAAGAUCAAGGGCUCUGGAGGAUCGAAAGUUCGAGGAAUCUGUGGAGAAUUCUUCCUCGACUUCCUCGGAAUUUAUCGAGAGCUCUGAUCAUAGUCAAGUAGAUUUCCGGUGUCCUUACAAAUCAACAGCGAAUAAUCGACACAAUUGCAACCAUUCUUCUCCAUCGAGUCUGCCCUCGUGGAAAAGGUGUCCGUCUUGUACGGUAUUGUUCGAGCACUCUGUUUGUCAUAAACGGGAAUCGGUCUCAUCCUCUUCUUGCACGAACAGUCACAAGCGGAGAAGGAAAACUCGAAGACGGACAAGCUCGUCGUCGACUUCAUCGACUUCUUUGGUGUCCCCGUUAAGUUUUAGACGAGGCUAUGAUUUCAACGGAGGCAACAUCGAUCGGAACACCCGUGCCUUAUUCAGAAAUAGUAAUAGGAUGUUCAGAGAAGAGACGAAUAGCAUCAGAGAACUAAGAAAUAGAUCAUACAGGGUGCUACCGAGACUCUACGAACGGGGGAAGAACAGAACGACAUACGCGGACGAACGUCACAUAACGUGGGGCGGCUUCGAGCGCGCUUAUUAGUGACCAUCUAAUCGAAGGAAGAAAACGAAUAGCUUCGUCGGUGACGCGGAGAUAGAGAUCGUAUGAUCCAAUUACUGCGAUUCUAUGCGAGUGGUUCGCUUUAGGAUAAAACGGAGAGUAGGACUACGAAUUCGACUAAACGAAUCCUCGUAAACGACUUCACGGAUAUCUUCGACAUUCCUCGAUUCUUGCUUUGACUUUUUUAUUGUAGAAGAUAAACAGUAGGUGAAGGUAAAACUGGUGAAAGAUAAAAUUCGGCGAGAUAGAAACUAAUUUGUUCUAAAUCUGCUUUAAAAUUCUCAAAAGCUCGAAUAGAAGAAACGAAUUUGCUACGGUAUGGUUUAAGGACCAUUUAGAUCUUGCUUAAUAAGGAUCUAAUGUAAUCGAAAUGUUAUACGCGGACAUUAGGAAAGAUAGAAUUGAAGCAAAGACGGUUUAAUUGUGAAUUUAACGAUGGCAACGCAAGGGACAACAGUAACGAGUGGACGUAAUUGGCAGGUACUGAGUUAGCAGUGAAACGCCGUGAAUAAAUUGGACGUGCAGGAGUGACGCGUCCCGUUGGACGCGCGUUGGAAAAUCUGAAACUCGAUUAAUACGCGUCGUGUCCGUAGGUGAAGAGUCUAUAAGUAGAAUCUUCAGCGGACACGGACGUCAGUCAUAUUCAUAUAUUAUAUUCCAAGUCGGUAGACGAAACCUUCCUUUACGCUAACGAGAUAUCCGCGAUGGUUAACACUAUGCAUACAUCACGCGUUGCCACGGUAUACAUCUUCAAUGAAAAUUUCAGCUACAAUUUGCUCGACGAAAAAGCGAUUUUCUGUUUUCGAUUAGCCGUGUACCUGUGUUCUGGUAACAGUUUCGGUUAAUAGGACGUGUACCCUGUUUGAUAACUAUAUACCUCAUUAACAUUGUAAUGCGUAUUUGUUUUUACUGAAUCUGUUACAAUAUUAACAAUACAUUUGACAAUAUUAUGAUAAUUGAUUUUAUUUAGAAAGUAGCAGAUCAACUGUAGAAAUUUUGUACAAGACUCUUUUUAUUAAUGUAUUGAAACAAAGAACUUAGGAAUUAAUUUUCCGUGAUCUAAUCUCAUGGUCAAAGUAGUUAGUAAAUAAAUUGCAAUUUAUAGGCGAAGAAAGUUAUAUAUCGUUGUAAAAAGUAACUCCGAGUUUGUUCGUUAGGUCUUGGUUUAUAUAGAAAAAUCGUGUAACGGUAAAAACGUUGAACGGUGCGUCGGUGUUUACACGACAGCAAAAUCUUCUUUUUCCUCUGUCUUCUCAUCUUAAUCUGCUCGAGAAUCUCUCUGAAUGGCAGGCUUUGUAAAGGAAACGUCGCAGCUGCGUCCCUCUCGCCUCAUAUUUUGCACGCAUUCCGAUGAAAUAAAACGAGACUAGUAAGGGUGUCGACUUCAACCGAGAAGAAAUAUUUUGAAACGGGAUGUUAAAUGAGCGAACUGUCCGACUGUCACUCCGCGUAGUACCCAGUUUCUUAGCACUUAACGAAAAUAUCAGCCAAAAUGAAUCUAUAUAUUUUCGGAGACCAUGUUACAAAUAGACUUAACGUAACACUACAACACUCUUUGCAAACGAUUUCAAAACUAUAUUUUCCAUUUUACAUUAUUUGAUAUACAGGAAAAGUGAUUCUACAAAAUUUAUUUUACAAAUAAAUUCAUUAACUUAAAAUGGAUGAUAUAACAGUACCCACGUAUAUUACAUCUUAAGGACAUAUGUAACAUCCAGUUUAUAUUAAUAUUUUAUUCGAUCAGAUAUUCAUUCACUGGAAUGAGUUCGUUUUGGAUGAAACAUGCUCUAAUCCACUCACUUUUGACAAUUGUUGGAAGCCUCUGUAACUUAUUGUCCAUUGAAUUUUUUAAUUCGGAACUGAGAGAGUUUCCGUCGGUGAAUACGUGUGUCACAGAAUCGUCGAUGAUUUCUUUAACAAUUCCUGCCAUGAAACGAAAUGCAUAUUUGGAUGUAUCUGAUGGAUUAUCAAAGUAUCCCGCUAUUUCUCUAAAUAUGGAAUAAGGUGAAAUUCCGUGGUCGAAUAACUUGCGAUCUAACUUCUUCAUUUCUCCAAGACUGAGUUCAAUAGUCUUUGCCUGAAAAAGUGGUAUUUAUACAUAUUAAUAUUAUUAUUGUCAAUUUUAUACUUCAUAUUGUAGAAUUAAAUAGGUAAAAUGAUACCUCUUCGCCCGCUUUUUCUAAUGAACGUAUCAAACUUUCUUCGGUUGCAUCCGCAAAAUAAUUAUCAUAAUAGUCGUCAUAAUAACAUGCCAGCCGACAUUUCGUCGAUUCACGGCAACUUAUUAUCUCCCAGGGAAAAAAAUCUUCUAACGAAGACCAAUUCUCUUCUUUGACAACACGCUUGAACCAUUCUAAUGUUACCACAUCAUAUUCUUCUCUUUGUAUAAUGCUCUGUGCCCGUGCCUGAAGUUCUCAAUUUCUUAAUUUAUUAACUUAACGUAACAAUUUUAUCAAAGAAAAAGAAAAAUAAAAAUUAACAUUCUUACCGUUUUAACGUUACCAACGAUAAUACAGUAAUUAUCAUUUAAUGGGUUUUUGACAAGUGUCGCUCGGUGUUGCAUAAGAACUUUUUCAAUGUGUUCUUUAGGCAAUUCGUUGUCGCCAUUUAUCACACAGAUCUUUCUACCAUCAAGAAGUCGUGUUAAAUAAACUGGGUGAUUUUCAUAAAUAUUAAGUCUUGAUGGCUUAUUAUCAAGUACUGGAAAACGUGGUUUUGCUGGUCUGUGCAUUUUUACUUCGGGAACUUCUUCUAUAUCAUCAUGGUCUACAUUCCGCUUUGUCAGCUUGUGAAUUGGUCGGGAAUCCUAAGUAGACAUAAAAUACACUAUAUGUACAAAUGUAUUGUGAAAUUGGAGAAACAUUGAUUAAAAUGCACAUACUUUAACGAAGGAUAACAAUUCUGUAGUUGUGCAAGUACUAUACCAUGGUUUGUCAUAUCUAAUCUUUAUGACUUUAGGAAACCUCAAACUGUAUCCUGUUUGAUAAUUAUUACUUCGUGUCAGCUCUGUUGCCCUUACUGUAAUAAUUAUUGAAUCUUCAGGGCAAAUCCACAAAUCUGGUGGUUCACGCUAAAAAAACAUUAAAAUAAAAGUAUCAUACUUAAACAUAUCUAUUAUUAUUAAAUUGUGAGAUCUGGAAGCAAUGAAUCACACAGAUUCAUAUAUAUAAGUACACGUGUACACAUAUAACAGAGAGUAGGAACAAAUCGUCACCAGUUGGCAUAUAUGUAUUUAUAUUAAGUAAACAUAUUUUAAAAAUUAUAUUUAAAAAUAUUUUUACCAAAUAAACUUACUCUGGGUGGAAUUACAUUCCCAGGACAUUUUUUUUUCCAUUUUUUUUCAAAUUUUUUCCAAAGAUCCUUUAAUGUUUCCAUGGAAAAACCAUUGCUUACAGAUACAACAGAUAAAAAUUUUGUUGGAUUUUCUCCUGGUAUAUUUGGUGGGGAAACCACUCCCACCAGAAAACUUUUUAUUAAAUUCAUAAAUUUUCCUUCUCCAUAAUAUCCACCAAGAAUAAUCAAGUCUACAUCGUUAACCAGGCCAUCCGAAUACUGCAAUAUUAUAUUGUAUAAAUAAAGAAACAACGAUAAUGGAUACAUAUACCUAUAGAGAAAGUACUACCUCUGCUUUUAUUUUAUAGCAACCACUACCAUCUCGUACAUUUGGUUUAUAUUUAUUGUCACAUUUUUUUACGACUAAUCCUUCUUCUUUAUUUUCCAUACUUGUAUUGAACAAUCGGCAUACAUCUUCACUUUUCACAGAAUAAUUAAAUUAUGUGCAUAAAUUGUAAUUUGAGAAAAAAGACUUUUGUGUUUUAAUCAUACCUUGUAGAAACUUCAUUAAUUUCACAUAACAUUAAAGAACCCACUUCUUCUUUAAUUGCAUCUUUUAAAAUUUUCAGCCGUUUUACAUAUGGUUCAUUGACAACCAAAGUAUCAUUGUACAUAAUGAUAUCAAAUGCAAUAAAACAUGGCUGAUGAUGACUGUUAUUUGAUAAUUUUUUAACGUCAAAAUUCAUUCCUUUCGAACCCAUCAAUUUCUUCUCUUUAUGCCAACCCAUUAAUUCACCAUCCAGGAUUAUUGAUGUACAUAAUGGAUUUAAAAGUCGACUAAAUACACUGCUCAUAAAACCUAAAGUAAUAGAACUUGCCAGAAACAUAAAUUGCAGCAGACUUUGAAUAUCUUUUAGCUAUACCUGAAGAACUGUUUUCACCAUAACCAGGAUUAUUUGUAAUGUCGUAUCCUUGUCUCGUGAAAUAUUUAUACCUGCCAUUUUUCAUAUGCAUUUGAGAUCGUUCACCAUCAUAUUUACAUUGCACAAAAUACUUUUCACCACUGACAAAAAGUUUCUUAAUAUCCUCAAUUUUACAUUUCUCCAGAAGCAUAGGUUUAAAAUGAGAAAAUACUUUGAUAUCAUGAUGAUGCCUCAAUUGAGGAUGAUAUCCUGUAUGAGGAUGGUAUAAUGUAUCACAGA